UUUUCUCGUGGUCUCCAGCUCGCGCGCUCUCAUCCCCUCCCCCGCGGCGUGCGGCGGGGCGGAGAAACGGCGGCGGCGGCGGCGGCGGCAACGGCAGCAGUAGCAGAGGCUGUAGCAUCGGACACCCUCCUCUCUCCCGCGAACCGGUUCCUCUUCCCCCUCCUUCUCACUGUUUGUUGUGUGUUUGAUGUGUUAAAGCAGGAGCGAGAACCCGAGCAGCGCCAUGAGCAACACUACCGUCGUCCCCAGCACUGCAGGUCCGGGCCCCAGCGGCGGGCCCGGUGGCGGAGGCGGUGGCGGCGGAGGCGGCGGCACCGAGGUAAUCCAGGUGACUAAUGUCUCCCCGAGCGCUAGCUCUGAGCAGAUGCGGACUCUCUUCGGUUUCCUAGGCAAGAUCGACGAACUGCGCCUCUUCCCGCCGGAUGAUUCGCCUUUGCCAGUCUCAUCUCGUGUCUGCUUUGUUAAGUUCCAUGAUCCAGACUCAGCAGUUGUGGCACAGCAUCUGACAAACACUGUAUUCGUUGACAGAGCUUUGAUAGUCGUACCAUAUGCAGAAGGUUUGUGCUUUGUUUAACUACCUAUGUGGGCAUCCUAAGAUGACCAUCUACCUCAGUAGAUGUAGAGUGAGCAUUAGUAGCAUGUUAAAUCUAAGCUAUUAACAUUUUUAAACCCUUGUUAUACUGCAGUCCGUAAUUUUUGCUUGCAGAUUUUUUUUAAUUCUAAAAAUUAGAAAUUAGGUCUGUUAUUAUAUUUACGUUUUGUUUUCUUUUAAAACAUUUUUAAGUUGUUUAAAACCAUGUCCCUUAUUGUAACUCCCUGAGAUACAUCUACUUAGUUAAUUUAAUGUUAAGUUUUAUGAAGAAGCCCUGAAGGUAAAUGAUUCACUCCAUGUAUGCUUACAGAACCUUCAAAUAAAUGCAUGAUGUUAUUUCUGUUUUAAAUAAAUGAGUAGGUUGAUUUUAUUUUCUUAAAGCUUCCUCACAUUGAUAAUCUGGAAAAAAAAAAAAAAAAACACAUUGAAUUUCAGUAUACCAAGGGUUGCAGUGAUUUUGGUUUUCAUGAAAGUUCAAGAUUUCCUGUAGCUUAGGUGCCAGAUGGGCACUGGGUGUUUUAUUUUAUGCCAGAUUUUCUUGUUCAUUCUUGCUAUAUUUCUAGAAUAUCUCUAAAUAAUAAAUUCUUCUCUCUGUUAUUUGUGUGUGUGAUUUUUAUAGUGGAGAAGGCAAAUGCAAAACCCUUCCAGAUGCCUGAAAAACAGUGGGUCCUCUGCAGCUACAGGGGAUUCUAGACAUUAACUAAAGGCCAGCAAGCACUCAAGUGCCCCAAGUGUUUUCCUGGUGUAACCAUUUGUUAACUACAUUUUCUCUCUUUUUACAUUUUAGGCUGUUAAAGUAAUUUGACAGAAAAAAAUGAGCAGGUUUUUUGGAUCUAAAAAGCCACUGUGACAAGAAAUUUUAAUACCAUUUUGUAAAAUUUUCUAAGGCGUAUUUUAUAAUUAGUUUGUUCCCAAUGUACUGCUACUUGAUUUGCUUUUUGGUAACUAUAAAUUUUACUCGAAUCACUGAAAUAUGAUAAAACUGCUGGAUUUUAAGUUAAUAAUUUAAUAUGCUGACCAGGAUUUAAAUGCUUUCCCCUUUCCUUAAUAAACUGGUCAGUGGAAGUGGAAUCUUAAUAUUGUUGAUUUUAGAUGCUAUCUGAAAUCUUUGAAUACAAAUGUGAACAUUUACACCAUACCUUGUAAAAGUUGUGAAAUGUCUAGUCCUUAACACUUAACAGAAAUUGCCUCUGGUUUUCUAAAGAAAUUAACUUAUAUUUAUAAAUGGGUUAAGGCAUGUUAUGUGAUAGUACCUCUGUCUCCAUGAUAUUAAAGUGUAUGAGCCCAGUUUUAAGGUUUUGUAAUAUAUAGAUAGAUAAAUUUUUGAGUUAGUGUGUUUUGGUUAAGCAAUUUCUUUUAUGUCAGUGUGCCUGUUAUAGGAUAAGACCAUCAACAGAAAAUUUACAGAAUUCAAAUUCAGGAUGAAUAAAAUAGAGUAUAGGUCUUGGAACAAGGGUCAAAUCAUGUGAGUAAUACGUAAAACAUUUUGGUUAGCCUGUAAAUUUAAAUUUUUUAUUGGCUAAGUAUUAUAGUUCCCAAUCCCUGAACAUAAUACAGUAUAUCAUAUAAAUGACUUUCAUAAAUAUUUUCAGGCCAUAGUAAUUUUUCUAGACCUAUUUUUGGAAGUGAACUAUUUAGGAAUAUACAGUAUAUAGAAUUAGGGGAAUAUUUCAUUCAGAAUUCUAUUGUUGGUGAAUUUAAUUCUGGUAUGAUAUGCUGUAUUAAUGUUACCUCCAGUAAAUACAAUUCCCUCCAGAUUUAGCUAUUACACUUCGGUGUUAGCUCUUGGUCAGUGUUUUAGAACAGUAGACAUAGUCUACGGUAAGGAAUAGUCUUAAUUGGUAAAACUAAGAUAGCUGAAUUUGGAAGGAACUCUUAAUAGUAAUGGAUUUGGGGAUUUUUUAGGUUCCUUGGUUAAUGUUUGUUUCUUUUGUCUGUUUCUUUUUCUUUCAUUUCUACACAUUCAUGCAGUAUUUCAUGGUUCUAUCAAAGCAGCAGUAAAAAAAAUACUCUUGACGCAUGAAAAUUAACUGGUGAGGGGCCUCAUUGCUAUUUUUAAAUUGUAGUUUUAUUUUUAAAUAGUCUUUUUUUAAUCAGAGGAUCAGAUGCAUGACUUUUUUUUUUUUAAUGGAUGCAGAUCUUCUAUCAGGUGUCUCACAAUAAAUUCAAGAGGAUUUUAGUUUGCCAGAAAUGUUGCAAAUGCACUAAUUUGAGUAAGAUGUUGAUACUGAAUAUAUCCUCUUGAGACAUAAUUUUGCAUGCAAAAUUAUCCCAUAAUCUCUGUAGGUUUGUUAAUAUUGAUGCAUUACUGCCCUAUAUCUAAAUGAUCUUCUCCCCCUUCCCCUCCAUAACUCUUGGUAUCUAAAUUGAUGACAGCUCUGACACAAGCAAGAUAACAGUGCUGUGUAGUAUACAUUUGUUUAUAUUAUCGGCACUUCUCAGUAUAGGUGGAAGGAACCAUUACCUUUAUUUAACAGUGGUUUUUCUUUUUUGUUGUUGUGUUUUACAGUUCUUUUCCCUGGUUCAGCCUGAACUAUAUACCAGGCCCUGCUGAAAAUACCACCCAACAGUUUUCUUCUGCAGCUUAUCCAGUUUCUCUUAAGUGCCCUGUACAUAUUGUAUGUUUUAUGAUGAGAUGCAGUUUCUUAAUAUGUAUUACAGAAAUACUACUGGUAUUUGCAAAUAUGUAGUUUAAUUGUAUUAUUGAACUCUCAUUUUGGGGGCUUGGGCACAUUAACAGAUUAAUCCAUCUGUAUAGGGCUUUUGCUGUUGGAUAGAAUUUAAAUUGUCUACAUAAAUAUUUGUUUUAGGACCCUUAGAUUUUAUCUGAAUACACAGAUUAGGCUUUAAAAACAGAUAUAUAUGUCAUUUUUGGCUUAAGGAGUUUGGCUAAGUUAGCUUUUCAACUGGCACUGUAUAGCAGCAUUUUUUGGUAUGGUUAGCAUGGCACAUGGCGAAACAUAAAGCAUUUUACUGUACAGGUAAGGAAUGUGCCAUGUUGUUUUACCUAUCUCUCUUUCUCUCUCACUCCCAUGCACACAUCUUGUGUGUAUUCAGAGACCUUCAGAAACAUUCAUAUUCAUUUUCAUGAGUCAGCAAAAGCCCUACGCUUGAUUCCAACAGAAUAUUUCCUUUACAUACUUUCUUCUCUUAAUUUUUACAAAAUUUGUAUGGUAGGUGUAAAAGAAAAUCUUAGUAACUGUACCAUAUUAUUAACCCCUAAAUCAAACUUUUUUUGUCUUGUGUAUCUUGAUUUUUCUGUGUGCUUUAUAGUGAAGCAGCCGACACGAGUCGUUGUUCAUAAAACAGCUUUUGAAAGUUGAGAGCACACCCCUGGAGAACCGACUGUGCUUGCUUACGUUUGGUUCAUGACUUAAAAAUCGAGUACAGGAGUUAUUCCUGAUGAAGCUAAGGCUUUGUCUCUGUUGGCACCAGCUAAUGCAGUGGCAGGUCUUCUGCCUGGUGGUGGACUCCUGCCUACCCCUAACCCACUUACCCAGAUUGGCGCUGUUCCACUGGCUGCUUUGGGGGCUCCUACUCUUGAUCCUGCCCUUGCUGCACUUGGGCUUCCUGGAGCAAACUUGAACUCUCAGUCUCUUGCUGCAGAUCAGUUGCUGAAGCUUAUGAGUACUGUUGAUCCCAAGUUGAAUCAUGUAGCUGCUGGUCUCGUUUCACCAAGUCUGAAAUCAGAUACCUCUAGUAAAGAAAUAGAGGAAGCUAUGAAAAGAGUACGAGAAGCACAGUCCCUAAUUUCUGCUGCUAUAGAACCAGAUAAGAAAGAAGAAAAAAGAAGGCAUUCAAGAUCAAGAUCACGUUCUAGGAGGAGGAGGACUCCCUCAUCUUCUAGACACAGGCGGUCAAGAAGCAGAUCGAGACGGCGGUCCCAUUCUAAGUCUAGGAGUCGGCGACGAUCCAAAAGCCCAAGACGGAGAAGAUCUCAUUCCAGAGAAAGAGGUAGAAGGUCAAGGAGCACAUCAAAAACAAGAGACAAAAAGAAAGAAGACAAAGAAAAGAAACGUUCUAAAACACCACCAAAAAGUUACAGCACAGCCAGACGUUCUAGAAGUGCAAGCAGAGAGAGACGACGACGAAGAAGCAGGAGUGGAACAAGAUCUCCUAAAAAGCCUCGGUCUCCUAAAAGAAAAUUGUCUCGCUCACCAUCCCCUAGGAGACAUAAAAAGGAGAAGAAGAAAGAUAAAGACAAAGAAAGAAGUAGGGAUGAAAGAGAACGAUCAACAAGCAAGAAGAAGAAGAGUAAAGAUAAGGAAAAGGACCGGGAAAGAAAAUCAGAGAGUGAUAAAGAUGUAAAACAGGUUACACGGGAUUAUGAUGAAGAGGAACAGGGGUAUGACAGUGAGAAAGAGAAAAAAGAAGAGAAGAAACCAAUAGACACAGGUUCCCCUAAAACAAAGGAAUGUUGUGUGGAAAAGGGAACUGUUGAUUCACUAAGAGAAUCCAAAGUGAAUGGGGAUGAUCAUCAUGAAGAAGAUAUGGAUAUGAGUGACUGAAUAUUGCCUCUGAGGGAAUCCAACUGUAUACCUGCAUCAGUGUCAUUCCUUUGUGUGAUUUCUUAAUGCUGUAUUUGUUCAUCUCAAACCUAGAUGUAUACAGCUCUGAGUUAUAAAUGGUUAUAAAGCUCCUGUUACUGAUAUUAGUUAUUUACAUCAAAAAGCUUUUAGAAAAUGGUACGAGGUAACCAAUUCUUGUCAUGGUGAAAUCUGAUUGAGUAACCAAGCAGUUUUACUAUUCUGGUGCUGCUUCAUAACAAAAAUGAAAAGCUGCAUGCAUCUACAGCAGGCAUGGAUUGUUUAUGUCGUAUGAUAUCCUUUAUUAAGUAAGUUCACUUAUAGUAUUUCUAUAAUUUGAUUCAUUGCCGUAAUAGAGCCAUGUAGGAAAUGCACUGAUUGCAUGUUAUUGUGGCAAGAAUAUCCUAAAUAUCAUUAAAAUCCUCCAACAUGAUGGAUCUACUUAUGGUCUUGUUUGUUGACAUGACAAAUUAACAUUCUUAUAGUUACAUCUGGAAAUGAGCAUUUGAAAUAGAUAAUCCUUUAAGCCUUGUGGCAAAAUUUUUGUGGCUUUUGUUUAACUUUGAAAGGUUAUUAUGCACUAACCUUUUUUGGUGGCUAAUUAGGGUUUAAAUACAGAAACAAAAUUUCAAAUAAAACUGUCUUUGGCAGUGAGUAAAUAGCAUAUUUUGAAGUAGAGUUGUAUACUUUUUCAUAAGAUGUUUGGGAAUUUUUUUCCUGAAGUAAUAAUUUAUUCCACAUCUACAUCAGUGAAAGCUAUCUACCUAUCCUGAGUCUAUCUUAAAAGAAAAAAAGAAAAAAGAAAAAAAAAAAACUUAUCUCUUGCCCUUAUUUUGAAUUUUCCACUCUUUCAUUAAUUUGUUUUAAGCUCCAUGUUGGAAAAAGGGGUAGUGCAUUUUAAAUUGACCUUCAUAGGCUUUUAAAAUAAGACAAAUCUACUUGAUAAUGUACCUUUAUUUGAUCUCAAGUUGUAUAAAACCAAUAAAUUUGUGUUACUGCAGUAGUAAUCUUAUGCACACGGUGAUUUCAUGUUAUAUAUGCAAAGUAGUUAGGCAACUGUUUUCUUAGUUAAAGAAGUUUCAAGCUUCACUUUUGUGCAGUAGAAACAAAAGUAGGCUAUAGUCUGUGCCAUGUUGAUGUACAGUUUCUGAAAUUGUUUUACAAGACUUUGAUAAUAAAACCCUUAAACUUAUGUUCAUGUUCCUGUAAAACCGUAUUUGUAUUUAUUUACGCUAUUGAAUGUAUGACAUUUACCUCAUUCAUUUUACAAAUUCUUUCCCUUUCUGUCCACGUUUCAGUGUAGUAAAAAGAGGACGUCUAUCACUGUAGUGAUAAUUGCCAUCAAAAUAGUCUUUUCUUAGCUUAGUAUCAUUUUAUUGCUUAUUUUUUUGUGUGGGAAUGGGGUUGGACAAAGCAAUGAACUUUAGUAUAAACAAAUCCCACCUAUAUCUAGCAAAUUUAUAUUUUUGGUGAAAUAUAGAUAUUUGCCUUUUCUGGAGUAGUAUAGCAGCUGUCGAUAUGUAUCUACUGUACAGUACUAAAUAGCAUUCAUUUAUGAAAUGAGUAGUGUUUGGGUGGCUGGGGUUAAGGGAAAAUGAGACUUGGAAUUGUAGCUUUUAUCCAAGUUUUGAGUACAAAUAGGGUUUGGUUUUGUUUUUUAACCUAAAAACUGAAAUGCCAUAUAGAAAAACAGCAUUGUUUUUACAGUUUGUAGUAAGUAACUUUUUAAAGAUUUUAUCAAAAAGAAUUUUGUCUAUAGUGAGUAAAAGAAGUUCUAAUAACGGUCCUAAUCACUGCAUUUUUAAAAAACAAAGUUCGACACAAAUGGCAUUUGUUUUAAACUUUAGUAGAUAAAAGGUGAACCAUGUGACAUGGCCAUUUUUGUAAGUCACACAUUUCACAUAUGGUAAACCUAGUAACACUCACAGUCUGUUCCCUCACUUGUAAUCUCUGAAUACAAAUAUACUAGCUUUUCUAAAAGGAAUCAUUUUUUUUUUAAAGUAGUGCCACUGACAAGAUGCUGCAGUGAAGAUUAUCCAUUCUUAGGAUAUUUAUUUUCAGUGAACAUUUUCUGCACAAAGGUAGUGUUGCGCUGGGACACAAGCCUUUUAACAGAUAACCAGUUGAAAUCAAACACUGCCUCCACACCAAGUUCUGUUGUGUAUUUGAUAGUAAAUUGAUUUAAAAAUAAAAGUGGUUUUUGUUAGAAAAA